AUGUAUUCCAACAUGUUUUCACGAGAAUCUUACGCUGGACUCAUUGCCGAAGCAGUUCUGCAGAGGCUUGAACAGCUAGUCUUCAGCUCGGACCUCACGAAGUUCUGGGCCAGAUACGUCGAUGACACGUUUGUCAUACCAAAGGGGAGCCACGUGCAAGCAUUCAAGGCAUUGUUGAAUUCGAAUUUUCCCGACAUCCAGUUUAUUAUGGAAGAAGAAGUCGGCAAUCAUUUGCCUUCCUUGAUGCCCAAGUUACAAAACUGUGUCGAUGGUGGAAACCAGGAGGAGAUUAGGUACUUGCAUGCUCUUUUCAAAGCCAGCGGUUAUCCGAAAUCCUUCAUCCACAAGUGUCUCAAAAAGCCUCGCGUUCAUCGGUCGAGCGAAGAAAAGCCAAAAUUCUGGCUCGCCAUCCCUUACGUGAAAGAUGUUUCAGGGCCGACAGCACGAAUCCUAGAACCUUUUGGGAUCGGAGUGGUGCAUAGACCAGAUUUUACAAUCACGCACCAAGUCAUAAAGCUCAAAGACCCGCUGCCAGCGACCGAGCCGUCAGCCUUGGUUUAUAGCAUACUAUGCAAAAAUUACGGUGCGAUAUAUGUUGGUGAAACGGGCAAACGCCUGAGCACAAGAUUGUACGAACAUCAACUUGUAAUCAAUCGCAAGAAAAAGUUGUCUUUGGUCUAUGGUCACAUGCAACAAUUGAACCACGAUUUCACCUUUGAGAAAUUGAGGGUGAUCGCCAGGUUCAAUGAGAAGAUGGCCAGACUAGUGCUGGAAGGUUGGUUCUCUACUGGCAUAAUCAACAGAGCAAUAGACUUGAACCUCGCUUACCAGGCGCUUCGCGCAAGGCUCGUAUCAACUCGGCCAGGCACUCCGAAGACGACCACCCUUACCACGGUCACUCAAAUACCCGAUGCCCUCACCCACAAGUGCCAUUCUCCCUGCUGCGACCCCAUCAUUGUCCACGGUGCCGACCACCACGGACAGCAUCCCCUAACUCUCUCCACCCCCUCCGACGCACCACCCUCUGCCACAACUGACCCCUACAACAACCCUUGGGACUCGCAUAGCUCUAUGAGGCAACAUGUGCUUCCGUGA